AUGGUCUACGAGACAGGUUUGGAACACUUCCAGACGCUUAUCUGCCAGGACCAGGACCAAAACUAUGAAGGAAACUCAGAUCCCACCAUGAUCAGCUGUGCUGGUCGCGCAUUUCAUCAACUUAACCUCACCCUUGGCCAUAUCAAGUCCAAAAGGAUGGCUGGCCGAAUAGGCUCUGCCUUUGCCCGGGGGCAACGCUUUUCACCGCCGGACCCUCGCGAAGCCUCCGUAGGGACGCAUGUAUCGUGGAGUAUUCUUAACAAGAACGCCGAACAACAAGAGUCCCCCGAAGGAUAUCAGCGUCCCGAAAGACUCGAGCUCGGGUCAAUGAGUAACGUCAUUGCCGUGAUCAUCCCAUGGGUCUUGACUCUUCCGUCAGUGUCAGACAGCUUGAACAGACUCCUGCGCGGUAUAGCAGAGCGUGAUUUAUUUCUCAAGGGCAGCGCCAACCAGACAAUCGAGCUACAGCCCCAUCCGAAAUACUUUGCAUUUUACUGUCUCAACACCGAAGAGUACCGGACAUUACAGUACUCGCGUGGGCCUGAAGAGUCUCGGUCGCUUUCUAAUUCACCCAUCACCAGAAACGGCUUGGUGAGCGGCAAAGCCGUGGGCAAUAUUGGUCGUGCAAGCAGCUUUGCGUUCGACUUGGCUACUUCCCGACCCCCGAAGCCAUUUCGAACGCCAUUCUUAUUUGGCAAGUCAGAAAAGAGUCACCUAGAGGUUGUCAAGAAAAACCAGUCAGCGCUCGAUUCAGCCAACAACGAGAUGAAAACGUGGGUCUUGGAGGAGAAGGGUGUCAUGGUUCAAUGCAGGUUGUACGUAUCAGCUGUUGUUGCCCUUAGUGCCUCCUUGGUUAUUGGUGGAAUCUCAAUCGACAUCACAGUUGGCGACAGGAUUCCUGGAGUAGACCCCUUCAGGUCCCAUAAGCAUAGAGGUUGA